GAUAAAAGAGAUCGAAUAAGAAAAAAGGAGGGGCGUAGAGCAAAAGUUAAUCGAGAAGAACCAUAGAAGAGAAGAUGGGAGAGGGGAGAGGCUCUACCUUAGUGUACUUGCUGGUGGUGGUUCUCAGCUUGGUCGCUUUUGCCUUCGCCAUUGCUGCUGAACACCGAAGAAGCAAAGGGACUUUGGAACCAGUUGUCAGUGGUGAUGGCAAUAUCAAUAUGACAUAUUGUGUUUAUGACUCAGAUGUGGCAACCGGUUAUGGUGUCGGGUCAUUCUUGUUUCUUCUCUCCAGUGAAUCACUGCUUAUGGGUGUCACAAGGUGCAUGUGUUUUGGCAAGCCUUUGGCCCCUGGUGGAAAUCGAGCCUGGUCAAUCAUUUACUUCGUCUCAUCAUGGUUAACUUUUCUGGUCGCCGAGGCAUGUCUGAUUGGUGGUGCAACAAAGAAUGCCUAUCACACCAAAUAUAGGGGCAUGAUAUAUGCCCAUAACAUGUCCUGUGAAUCAUUGCGGAAAGGAGUUUUCAUAGCAGGAGCCGUGUUUGUGGUCAUCACAAUGAUUCUCAAUGUGUAUUACUACAUGCACUUCACUAAGGCUACGUCUCAGACUGUUCGAAAAGCAAAUCGUGCCAAUUCAACCGUAGGGAUGACUGGUUAUGCAUAAACUAAAGCCAAACUAUAUUGGGUCUUAAAAGAGUCUUGUCUCUUGACUGCCGCAUCUUUUGUUGCUAGAAAAUGUGAUUACUGUGAUUGUAAAUUGUGACAGUCCACUGUUAGUGAUGGUCUUGUAUCAGAAAGUGAAAUAGAAUGCCUCUUUUGCCAUGAAA